CACAGACACGCUUGUUUCGGCGAGCGCAUCGAUGAUCGGGAUGAAAAAUGUCAAAAAUUAAUAAUACAAAUAAUAAUACAAUAUGAAGCGGUUUGUUUGGCUCAAGAAAUCGUUUCAAUGAUUAAUCCUACAUCGGUUACAACUAUUUAGAAAGAAGAAAGUCCAGCAUUUCUUCAACCAUGUUCAGUGAAGAAGGGUCGUUACAAGAACAUGAGAAGAUUGAGAGACUGCGGGAUCGUAUGCUGCAGUGCCCGAUAUGUAUGGACGAAUAUCGUGAUCCGCGAAUCCUGCCCUGCCAUCACUCCAUCUGUCUGUCCUGCCUGCUUGACUAUGUACAUGCAUCCUCCUCAGCUGGCAGAUUGUUUAGGUGCCCCCAGUGCCGUGCUGAUGUCUGUGUACCAAGAGGAGGUGUGAAGGACUUCCCUCCAAACUUCUACAUCAACUGUAUACAAGACGAGAUUGGUUCCCGACCUUACUUUGGUAUAUGUGAGGUUUGCACUAGGGACUGGCUCAUCUCACAGUACCGAUGCAUAGACUGUGACCUUGAUAUCUGCAAAUUCUGCGUACAUGAACACAAGCUUUUUAAACAUUUGAAUGGGCGCCAGUCUAAUAUUAUAAAGAUUGAGACUGGAAAUGUUGGAUUUAACAUGACAUCGGAUAAGUUCUGCUCCCACCACAAAGAGGAAACACUACAAAUGUAUUGUCUGACUUGUGAUGCAGCUAUUUGUGUGACAUGUAUAUUUGAAGAUCACAAGAAGCAUAGCACAAUGACAUUGGCUAAGAAACUACAACUGGCAAGAAAGAACUUACAGUUUGAUCUUGAUAAUCUACAAAUUGAAAUUAAAGGUGUGAAAUCUGCACUGACUGAAGUGCAUGAAAUCGAAAAAAAUGGUGACAAAUCAGCAGAUGAAGCCAUUAAAGCAAUACAAGAACAUUCACAGAAUGUCAUACGCAGGAUUGAAGAGCAAGCCGAAUCUAAGAUCAAGCAAAUUAAAGAUGAAAGAGGUGGUCACUUGAAGGAGAUUCAAGAUUAUGCGAAAGACCUCUCUUCACACUUGGACCAGUUACAACGAGGGGCAUCAUUUCUCGGAGAUCUCCAGGAGGAAGAUAUGUGUCUGGAGCUACUAAGCUGUUUCCUGAAAUAUCGGCAGGUGAUUGAUGCUGGUGAGACCAGUAUUAUCAACAAAUCAAUCAGACAAAACCAGUUUACAUUUACACCAGGACAAAUAAGGGGAAAACUUGGUCAUAUAUGGUUAGCAAGAUCUGUGUUGAAAAAUCAGGAAGUUAAGAAAGUUCUGAUGGAGAAGAAAGGAGCAAAGGUCUCCAGAUUAAGGACAUGUCUUGCUUGGGUAUCGAUGUCUGGCCUCUUGAUGGUUCUGAUGUGGGUGUGUGUACUAUUGGGUGUCUGUCAGCUUGUGGCCAGUAUGUACAGUGAAGGGGCGAGUGCACAGGGGUUGGCCUGUGCUGGACUGUAUGCCUACCUGUGUGCGGCGGGUAUAUGUGCCUGCUGGAAGGCUAGAGGUUGACAGCUACUGACCUUGGUGUACUUGGGCCUGAUUUUUCGAGCAUUCUUAAGCUCCAAUUUGAUCAAAUUCCCAAGAGGAUCGGUCCUCGAAGUGGAAAUGCAAACCAUCCAUGUGAAAGAAUGGCCUUACAGUAUUAAUCAUGUGUACAUGUUUAACUUUUGCUAUCCUGGCCAGUGGAAAAUCAUACUUACACAAUGUAGUCCAAAAUUUCCAUCCCCGUUUUCAAUCAAUUACAGCCAAUAAGUCUGGAUUGGAUGAAUUCACCAAUACAUGGUCAUUUUAAGGUUAUAAAUAUUCCAUUUAUUACCAUACACUACUGUGACUAGUGAUGAAACGAUUAUUGAGUACAAUCGAUAAAUCAUUGCUGACGGUGCUAUGUGGCGACAAUCGAUAGUGGUUGUCCAAAAUCAAUGUCGCUAAUGUUUCUUCCUGUAACUACGUUUUUUUGUUAUUCGAUAAAAGUAGAGUAAAUGUCAAAUUUUUCUUUCCAGUUAAUUCUCGUUGAGUUCAUAUUAACAAGGAAGGUCACUCUCAAUAAUCUGUCUCUAUGGUGUAAUGGGUCCGGUCUUACUUGCCAAUACCAGGGAUCCCGGCUCGAUGCAUUCUGUUUUUGAAACCUUUACUGAUAUCGUCUGUUAUUAACAAAUUUACCUUUUUUUGAAAGUUUUAUGAAGUUAAGAUAUUUUAAUAAAAUCUUCAAUAUCACAGGGUAUUGAAUGUUAAGCUGGUUAACAAAUAUUUAAUAUAUGCUUUUACAUGGAUAAAAUGCUAUGAUAACUUACAUGAUGCGUUGUGCAUCAUUUUGCAGUUGAUGUGCAAUUAUUAAGUAUGUUUUUUUUGUUUUUUUUUCGUUAAGUUAUCAAACAAAGACAGAAUAAGGUUAUGGAUAUUUACAUACUGUUGCAAAAAGCAUGACUAUAGCUUCACACGUACUGAUUCCAAGUUAAAAAAUUAAAAUGAUUAUGAUCAUACUAUAUGUUUAAUAGUGUAUUCCUGAAUGAAAUUAUAAACUUUCGAUUAUUGUCUGAUAGUAAAUCAAAAUACUUGGUCCGAUUCAAUUCAAUUAUCGAUAGCAAAUUAUAUGGAGUCCGAUUUUCAAACACUACCAUACACGGAUAAGUCCUACAGUAAUUUCUAGAAGAUACCAUGUUAGAUUAACACUGUAUACAGAUUCAGAAAUUUACCUGAAAGUUGGUUUUGUAUUUGCAUACUGAUUUUUAAAUGUAUUAAUGCUAUUACCAGUAUCUAAGAAUAAUGGUUGUUAAUAUAUAUAUAUAUAUAUAUAUAUUAUAUAUAUAUAUAUGGUUGUAUUAUAUUUUGCAAUGAUUUAGAUAAACAAGACUAUGAUACAUGUAUAAAAUUGUGAUAUAAGGAAUAUUCCUUGGAUGCUUUCUUUGGUGCUCUUUUAUGAUAAUUUCUUGUGUGCUUCUAAGGUAGUAAUGUUUUAUCUUGUGAUAAUGUUGCUUUUAAUGUUACUUAUGAAAAGCUUUGAUACACAUACAUGUAUAGUAUAGGCAAAAUAAUACACAACUUUUAAUGCCAUGUAUAAACAUUGACACUGACAUAUAUAUUUUUAUGUAUUUAAGCUCAUCUCAUUCGCAUAGAGAAUAGUCAAAGUAUUUAAUCCCCUUAUUAUCUUCAUCAUUGUAGCAUUUGCACUCAUUCGUGGCUUUGUGCAAAAUCUGUAUGUUGGCCAUAACUUUGAAUCUGUUCUCAACUUCUUCCAAGAUGCAAGGAACUUGGUAGAUAUUUCAACAAUGACAAUGUGCGUGAACUUAGAAAUGUAUUUUGAUGAAUUAUGCCCUUAGUAUUUUUUUUUUUUAGAUCAGACGCAUAGAAAAAAAUGUCUAACACUGUCCUUGUGCGUUGAUUGAUAUAUUUUCAGUUUUAUCCUAUGGUAUAAGUUUACUUUGAAGACAGAAGGUUGCAAAAAAAAUGAAAUUGGAAACAUUUUUAUGGUCAUUUUUAGCUCAUUUGUUGUUUGAAGGAAAAAGGUUAAGGUAUUGCCUUGUUAUCUAUAUAUAUAGGCAUCAUUGUUGGCACUUGGCAGCGGUUUCCAAAUCUUUAACCUUUGCCAUAUUUUAAAAUAACACUCAAGUUAUUUAAAUGAGCAUGAUACACAUGUUGCCAGAGACAUUAUACACGGGUACAGUAAGGCCCAUAACUCUGGCUUUGAUAGAUAUUGAAUUGCCAUUAUAUGCCCCUUUUUCGAUUAAAAAACCAUAGUUGAGCAUAGUGUUCAAUCUGCUGCCCUCUUCUUUUUAAUACUAUCAUUGAUGCCAGCAUUAUUUUCAAGUGAAAAAUUCCUGUCAUGAUAUGCUAUGUUAUAUGCUAUAACCCAGACUUAAUGAAAGUAUAAGUUUUCAUAAAAUUGUUUACAUGCGUCUAUAAUUAACUUUUUUAAUUACUAUUGCCAUUUAUUGACGUAUAUGUACAAUACUUGUAUCACAAUGUUUUUGUUACAGAUAUUAUUUUUUAUGAAUUUAAUUAAUGCUACUUUAUUUCAAGAUCUGUAAUUGUUUUUUAUAGCUUUAUAUUUUGCAUGAUUUUAUAGUAAUAAACAUAUUGUAUAUCAAAUA